AUGUUGUUCCUUCUGAUGCUCUUGGUGCAGAAAGCAGUUACUCUGAGCUGCCCUGCGAGUGAUGCUUUCCCGAUUCCCCAUGAGUGGUACCAGCCUGGUGACCUCAUUGUGGGUGGGAUGGUGUCUAAGAUAAUUCAAACCUUUCUUGAAAUUGAAUUUAAGGAACAUCCUUCUCUAAAACCUUAUGCUUUAACGGAUGUAAUAACCAAAUUCUACCAACAUGCCCUCGCCUUGACCUUUGCUGUGAAGGAGAUCAAUGAGGACUCCUGGAUCUUACCUAACGUCACUCUCGGGUUCCACAUCUAUGACAGUUACAACAACCCUAGGAUGACCUAUCGCACCACCCUGGACCUGCUUUUCAAAUCCCAGGAAUUUGUCCCAAACUACAAUUGUGAUAGCCAGAAAAAUCUCAUGGCCAUCAUUGGGGGACUAAGUCCUGAUACAUCAUCCUUUAUGGCAGAAAGGAAGAUCGCCUUUCAGCCACUUCCUGCCCAUUCCCAACUCAAAGCUAUCUGCAUAUUCACUGAUGCCCUCAACUCAGCUCCAGAUUCCACCAAGCUACUGGACAAUAGGUUGCAACUUUCCUUGCUACAAAUAAGGGAAGAAGGUAGUCCAGUAAAUCUAACUCUUAAGAAUCCUUUCCUUAGCCUGAGAAGAGCUCACAAGUUGACUUAUGGUUCCUUUGCCCAAGAGGACUUUCAGAUUACUGAGUUAUUUCCACUUUACUGCAUGGUCCCAAAAGAGGAGCAUCAGUACACCGGACUUAUACAACUUCUUCUGCAUUUUGGAUGGACAUGGAUUGGACUCUUUGCUUCUGAAAAUAAGGAGGAACGUUUUUUGCAGAAACUGCAGCCAUUGCUUUCACAGAACGGGGUCUGUUUAGCUUUCACACAAAACAUUCCACAACAUCUCCACUUUGAUGACUUAUCCAAAUUGUUUAGUUCAUUGUCAAUUCUUUAUGAUAAAGUGUUAGAUCAGAAAGCAAAUGUUUUUCUUGUCCAUGGAGAAUCCAUCACAGUAGCAUGGCUCAGAAGUGUCAUGUUUGUACAUGAUUCCGAAAAUAAAGAGAGUGCAUUAUUUAGGAAGGUUUGGAUCCUGAUGAAUUCAAUUAAUUUCAUCCUGUUGGGAUUUCAGAAGAAUUGGGAUCUCCAGAUGUUCCAUGGUGCUCUUUCCUUUACUGUGCAUUCAAGAGACAUUCAAGGCUUUAAAGAAUUUCUUCAAGUCAUCAAACCUUCAACCCACAAAGAUGGAUUUCUUCGAGAUGUUUGGGAGCGAUUGUUUGAGUGUUCAUUUUCAAACUCAGAAUUAUCUUCAAUGAUCACAGAAACUUGCACUGGAGAAGAGAAUUUGGAGAAUCUGCCUUCACCUCAUUUUGAAUUUCAAAUGACUGGCCAAAGCUACAGUAUCUACAAUGCUGUUUAUGCAGUGGCACAUUCUUUGCAUGAGGCAGUGAGAUCAAAAUCCCAACCAAGAGAGAUUCCAAGGGUUGAAUUUCGAAAUCUGCUGUCUUGGCAGCUCCAUUCAUUUCUUCAAGGCAUUUCUUUUAACAAUUCAGCUGGGGAGAGAGUGUUCCUGAAUGAGAAAGGGGAAGCAACAGGUGGAUUCGACGUCACCAACUUGAUCACUUUUCCAAACAGAUCAUUUCAGAGAGUCAAAGUUGGAAAGGUUGAUCCUCAUACUCCCAAUGCAAAGGAAUUAAUCAUUAAUGAAGAUGUGAUUGUGUGGCACCCAGCUUUUAACCAGGUUCUUCCAAUUUCUCUGUGUAAUGACCAUUGCUCCCCUGGAUCCUGGAAGAAAGGCUUGGAAGGAAAGCAAUUCUGUUGCUACAAUUGUGUUCCGUGUCCAGAAGGGAAGAUUUCAGAUCAAAAGGAUAUGGAUGACUGUUUCCAAUGUCCAGAAGAUCAUUAUCCAAAUAAAGAAAAGACAGGAUGUAUCUUGAAACUCUUGGAUUUUCUAACUUUUGAAGAAACUUUAGGAAUUGGUUUAGCCUCAGCAGCUCUUUGUUUCUUCUUCUUGACAUCUUCGGUUCUUGGAAUUUUUAUUAAGCACAGAGAUACUCCCAUUGUCAGAGCCAAUAACCAGUCCCUCACCUACACCCUGCUUGUCUCUCUUCUGCUCUGUUUUCUCUCCUCUUUGCUCUUCCUCAGCCAACCUGACAAAGUGACCUGCCUUCUUCGGCAACCAACUUUUGGCAUCACCUUCUCAGUGGCCAUUUCAAGUGUACUGGCUAAAACCAUCACUGUGGUUGUGGCUUUCAUGGCCACUAAACCAGGAUCUCAGUUGAGGGAAUGGGUGGGGAAAAGAUUGGCCUUUUGUAUUGUGCUUUCAUGCUCCAUCAUCCAAGUAUUUAUUUGUAUUCUUUGGUUGUCGACAUCUCCCCCAGUCCCUGAGUUGGACAUGCACUCAAACCUACAAGAAAUGCUUUUACAAUGCAAUGAGGGUUCAACUUUCUUCUUCUAUUGUGUCUUGGGCUACAUGGGUAUCUUGGCCAUUGCCAGUUUUAUUGUGGCUUUCCUUGCCCGUAAAUUACCUGACAGCUUUAACGAAGCCAAGUUCAUCACCUUCAGCAUGUUGGCCUUUUGCAGUGUGUGGAUCUCCUUCUUUCCAGCCUAUCUGAGCACCAAAGGCAAAGCAAUGGUAGCUGUGGAGGUCUUCUCCAUCUUGGCCUCCAGCGCUGCAUUAUUGGGAUGCAUAUUUUUGCCGAAAUGCUUCAUCAUUGUUUUCCAGCCUGAGCUAAACCAGCGGGAACAACUUAUAAAAAGAAUGUAG